AUGGGCCGCAACCGAGUAGAUAAGACUGCCCCAAUCGAUGACGAUCGAAAGGAAAAAGAGGCAGACAGUAAUGAAAUGCGAGGUGAGCUGAAAUCGUCUGCAUUGGAUGAAUCCGCGUCCACGUCGAACGAUGCCAACGAUCAUGCCUCCUCUAUUUCACUACCAGAACAGUCGUCGUCUGGCGCAAUGGGUUCGCUCAAACAAAAAGAAAACGAUGAUCAAACUCGAGCUAUUGCAGAAGAUGCACUUAUUACUGAAGCAUUUGAAGUGGCAUCCAGUCAAGAUCGUGCUACGGACUCGGGCGCCGCUGUAGCGCAAGAGGAGGUGGAAAGUGUUCCGCGUUCAAAGAUGAUGUCGUCCCCAUCACAGAGCACAGUGAUAUUGACCAAGAUGCAGCCUGAAGAGCUUGAAGCAGAGCUUCGAAGUCAAGUGUCCAGUCUCAAUACAAAGCUUGUGGCGGCCAUCAAUCGCAUGUCGGAUUUGGAGGACGAGCUGACUGUAUCGCAAAACAGUCUUCGGACCAACAAGGCCAUGGUAGAAGAGCUUAGCAAGGAGCGCGACCAAUAUGUAUCAGCUCUCAGUACGGGGCUCUUGGUGGAAAAGUCGCAUGUGUCGUCAGAAAUGCAAAGAAUGAUGGAGCGUGUGGUGGAUGCCACAGCCCAGCGCGGAAAAGCAGAGAAUGAUAGGACGCGCAUUGAAGCUGAACUAGAAGAGCUCAGCGCAUCUCUUUUCAAUGAGGCGAAUAAGAUGGUGGCAGUUGAGCGUUUGAAUCGCUCACGGAGCGAGACUCGCUCUAAGGAGCUGGAAGCUUCAUUACAGGAUGCAGAGCGCAUAAUGGCUGAUCACCAAGAAAUGCUUAAAUCGCUCCAGUCAGAAGUAGAUGCUUUGCGGAAACAACCGGCUCAACAAGGCUCGUCUCUGACUUCUCCCAUGUGUGCCCCUCAGAUCCAUAUCAACAUUCCACCAUACCAGGAGUUUCUUGCCUUUUUAUCACAUAUUCGUGGUCUUCGGCAGCAGCUUGACCCUUUCUUUGCCAUGCAGAAGCGCGGUGAAGACUGGACCAAGGAUCCGUCUAUCAACACAACCAUGUCUGCGAAUGGAAACCUUACAGCGACCAGUGCUGCAUCUUAUACGAGGCACAAUGAUUACCCACAUCUUCCAGUAUUUUCUGAACAGCUUGUGCGCUUGUCCUCGCAGACAUCUCUUCCCUUCAUUCGUCGCGUGAUGGAAGAAGAUACAGAUCCAUGCUUGCGACUUUCCCAGGCACCGGGUCUUACGUGGCUGGCCAGACGCCAGGCAUCUGCGUCGGUACUUGAUGGUGAGGUUGUUAUUGAACCCCUUUUUGUCGGUGGCAUUGUGCCUGACGAACGAGCUUUGCGGACGGACUAUGGCGCAUUGCCAGCUGCAUCAUGCACGUUGUGUUCGGCGCCUCUUUUAAAUGUCACCUCGAUCAUGGAAGGAACGCCACAUGUUUCUUCGGCUGACGCAGGCCUACAUCGGCCGCAUUCUACUGCUAGAACGAAUCCCACGACUCGGCGGAGCUUUCCCUCGCUCUUUCAAACGCUUCGGAGAGGUCAUGCCGAUCGUUCACGCACGCUGCCCUCGGAUGAUCCCAAAGAAAAAGCGCCAAUGGCGGAAUCAACUUCUUCUCCGGGUCUAAACGAAUCGCUUCCCAUUCCCACUCAUUAUUUCCGGCUCUCUGAACAAGCAUCAAAUCGCUACCUCUUGUGCUCGCAGCAUUGCCUGUAUCGUCUACGCGCUAUUUGUGCUAUAUGGGCUUUUAUUCGAGCCUUGGAGCGAGCUGUCGUGCUUGAAGGCAAGGACGAAUCGGAUAUGCUGCGUCCAUCAUCUAUUUUGCCUCUGACUAAUUUGUCAGAUAAGCCUAGUGUUCCUGAUGCCGACGCAUCCAACAGCGAUGCCUCGGAGCCAGCGAAUGAGGCUGAAAAUGAUAAAGAUCCGAUACCACAUUCUGAUACUUCAAAACCUGGAGAUGUGCAAGAGUUGGAAGGCUCUGAAGCUCCGUCUGAUCCUUCCCUAACUGGAGAGAAUCCGUCUUCAUCAGAGACGCCCUCACCUGCCAUACCAGCAGCUCCCACGGCUGCUCGAACUUCUUUCACGGGUCGCAACGACCGACAAGGCCUCAAAUGGGAAGAAAGUCUAUGGAUGGAGGUCUUGCGAUACAAGGAGGUCAUUUGGAAAGCACGCGUCGGCAUGGACCUGGAAAAUCUACAUAUUGUAUAG